GUUCAUGUGGGUUUCGCUUGCUGAAAUCACUCUCUUUCGCUACAGGUUUAUUUACCAAUUUCAAAAAUUGAAGAGCUAGGGUUUGCAAAGCAUGGGCAUGGACUGUUGGAUUAGGAGAAAAUGAACUCGAACGAUAAAGUAGCCAGUACUUCUGACGCCGGUGGCAGUAAGUUUCAUACGGUACAGCCCCUUCGUGACUUGGAAUCAAAUUGGGAAGUCGAUCUUGCAAAUAAUCUUGAAGAGUAUUUACUUAAGAUCUGCUCCGGUGAGAUUAUUGGUGGUGAAGAUGAUGGUCAACUAUCAGUGAAUUUUGCUGAAGCUGCUUUGCUGCUCCAAGGUUCAAUUCAGGUGUACAGCCGGAAGGUCGAAUAUCUUUAUUCUUUGGUUUUACAUGCUUUAAAGUUCAUCUCUCAACAGAGUCAGAAACAUGAUCAACCAGAGAAUUCAUCAAGCCAAGAAGAACAAAAUGGUUCGGUUGCUGCUCCUGCUGAAUCAGAUGAUUCCUUUUGGUGCUCAGAUGAUAUCCCAGUCGAUGCCAAGAACUCCUUGGAUAGUUCCCAUGAAAGUGAUACUCUACUAAACUGCUUUGUGAAGCCUCCUGCAAAUUUGGUUGUGCUUGAGGGUGAUUGCUUAGAUGCUAGUGGAGACAGUGGCGAGUUAGACUCCUAUCUGUUGGCUACAAAUGAUCUCUACAGGGAUUUUAUCCUCUUAGAUGCGUCUGAUGCAGUGGCAGUUAAUGAAUAUUUGGGUGGCAGUGAAACAGUUAGCCAAACUAAAAAUGAUUUUAAAGGAGGAAGUUCUCUUGCCUCUAAAUCUCGCAAGUCAUUUAUCUCACCUUCAAAACGUUCUGGGCAUAAGCUAUCUGCUGGGAAGAGCAAUGUUCCUGAUCAAAAUCAAUCGGCAUGUGCUGAUCAGGACUUUAAAACUAAUGACCAUAAUAUACAAUCAGAAGCUCCUGAGUGUAAUGUUAACAUGGACAAUGAAUGCGACAUGGAUGAUGGGUUUUCGCAACCAGGGGAGUUUGAUGAUUCAGAUGAAGACGAUGAUGAUCCAUGGAAACCUUUAAAUCCUCAUGAACAGGGAAAUUUGAAAAUAAAACCUUUUAAAAAAGUUAAAGCUUACAAAAGGGAUUGGCCAAAUCCGGCUACCAAAGUCUCUAUUACAGAAGAGUUUCCACUUGCAAAAUUGCAUGGUCCUAUUAGUGCAGAGCUAUACGAAAUAUGGGAGGCAAGGCGCAACGUCUAUGGAAAAGAUAAGGAACCACAAUCUCCUCCAUAUUAUGAAAAGCUUCGACAAUCACUUGUUCUAGGAGAUCAUGGAAAUACCGGUCCAUUCAAUGGUAAUCAAGAGGAUGAAGAUGGAGGGUAUGAUUUUGUGGCUGAUGAUUUUGAUAUGCCAAAGGAUGCUUACAUGGAUGAAGAUCAUUUCAACCAUGAAAAGCAUAUCGAUGAUACCACUAAGUUUGACAGCAAGGAACCAUUUGAGUACGAAGACCCUGAUGCUCAUGUGAACCUUGAAGACCUGUGCCGUUCUCAUCUGGAUUCUCUGCUUGCUGCUACUAUUGCGGAGACAGAGAAGCAGAAUGCAAUUGCAGCUAGGGUGUCAAACUGGAAACAGAGAAUUGAGCAAAACUUAGAUGAGCAAGAUGCACGACCACCAUUUGAUAUUCAUAAAUAUGGUCGACGAACUUUGGACAAGCUCUCACGAGAGGCAGAUAUCGGGAAUUCCAUACCAUUCACUGAUAUUGUCAGCGGUCAAGAGAAACAUGACAUUGCUCGGACAUUCUCUGCACUUCUGCAAUUGGUGAAUAAUGGAGAUGUUGAACUGGAUAAGGGUGGUUGUGAGGGUGAAUUUCUAUGUUACACGGGUGAGAAACCGUUCCAUGUUCGGCUCGUAAGCAAUGCCACAAGACCAGAAAUACAACUUAGAUCCUCUAGCAAGAGACCAAAGUCUCAAAUGAAGAGAGGAAAAGAGAACCAGGGUGCAGCCGUGGGUUCAUCUGUAAAGGUAGGAAAAGUUAUUGGAAUUUGGUGCACCCCCGAAGGAAAGAAGAGACGACGGUCAAGAGUGGUUGACCCGGAUGGCUUGAAAUCGGAGUGUAGGUAAGUCUGUAGCGAUUCUGUAAUAUUUUGUACUGACAGUUAGCGUGUAACAAACACUUUAGAUUUGGUCAAAGGGUAUUCUUUUUCCUUGUUAACGAAUUUUAACU